UGUACUAUACAGUUUAUCUCUUAUUUUGUUUCCCAAGUUUCACAUGGAGGAUUCUGAAGAACUUUGACAGAGCAUCAGCUUAACCAAGCUACACAGACAUGGCCUCGCCAGCCAAACAAGACCAGCGAGUCUCCAGAAAAAGGGUGGCUGUUGUUGGCGCUGGUGUCAGUGGGCUCGCUGCAGCCUACAAAUUGAAAUCGCAUGGCUUCAGUGUUACGGUGCUUGAAGCAGAUGGAAGAGCUGGAGGAAAGCUAAGAAGCGUCUCAUACAAUGGACUUAUCUGGGAUGAAGGAGCCAAUACAAUGACUGAAAGUGAACCAGAGGUCCAGUGCUUAUUUGAUGAUCUUGGACUUCGAGAGAAACAACAAUUUCCAAUUUCUCAAAGCAAACGAUACAUAGUGAGGAAUGGUCUGCCAGUACUGGUGCCUACAGAUCCCAUUGCACUGAUUAAGAGCAACAUUCUAUCUACAAAGUCAAAGGUUUGUUUCUACCUGACAAUCGAGUUUCAGAUAAUUUUGGAGCCAUUUUUGUGGAAAAAGUAUAGUACAUCAAAAGUAUCAGAGGAUGAUACUGACGAAAGUGUGGGUGGGUUCUUUCAGCGUCAUUUUGGAAAAGAGGUUGUUGACUAUCUAAUUGAUCCUAUUGUUGCUGGUACAAGUGCUGGAGAUCCCGACUCUCUUUCUAUGAGUCAUUCAUUUCCGGAGCUGUGGAAUAUAGAGAAAAGGUUUGGUUCUAUUUUAUCUGGAUUAGUGCAGUCGAAAUUGUCUACCAAAAAGGAGAAUAGUGGAGUGAGAAAUGGUACUACAGGAAAAAGGAAACCUACUCGUGGUUCAUUUUCCUUUCAGAAUGGAAUGCAGACGCUCACUGAUACGCUAAGCAAAGAGCUCGGUGAAGAUGUGCUUAAGUUAAGAUCAGAAGUUUUGUCAUUAUCUUACAAUGCUGGGAAGUCCGCCUCACAAAAUUGGUCACUCACUUAUUCUAGUGACCGGAAUUCUAAGAAUUUAAUUGCUGACGCUGAUGCUGUAAUCAUGACGGCUCCUGUUUGCAAUGUCAGAGAAAUGAAGUUUAUGAAAGGAGGAAUUCCAUUUCCGCUAAAUUUUCUUCCUGAGGUGGCUUACUUGCCUUUGUCAGUCAUGAUAACUACCUUCAGAAAGGAAAGUGUUAAGCGACCACUGGAGGGAUUUGGAGUUCUUGUACCUUCCUUAGAGCAACAAAAUGGUCUAAGAACCCUUGGUACACUCUUUUCCUCCAUGAUGUUUCCAAAUCGUGCAUCAAAUGAUGAGUAUCUGUAUACUACUUUUAUUGGAGGGAGUCGAAACAGGGAGCUUGCAAAGUCAUCAACGGAUGAGCUGAAGCAAAUUGUUACAUCGGAUCUCAGACAGCUGUUGGGAGUUGAAGGGGAGCCCACUUUUGUCAACCAUUUCUACUGGAGCAAAGCAUUUCCCUUAUAUGGGCGUAACUAUGAUUCAGUUGUGAAGGCAAUUGAAACAAUGGAAAAAAGUCUUCCUGGCUUCUUUUAUGCAGGUAACCACAGGGAUGGUUUGUCUGUUGGAAAAUCUAUAGCCUCCGGAUGCAAAGCUGCUGAUCUUGUUAUUUCUUAUCUGGAGUCUUCUACUCAUCAGCCGUGUGCUGAACAACAAGAGUUGAAAAAAUGAAAGUGCAUCCUUGUUACAUAGGACUCUCAAACUGUUGGAAGAAUCAGCUUCCAGCAUCCAUUAUCUGUCAAGUAAUUUUUUGAUCAUUGCUUUUAGUAGUUGUAUGACUUAUAACAUCAACUUCCCCAAGUUGCUAUGAAAAUAAAUCUUCUGGACUGGAAUGCUGUAUUGUAAUUUUCGUAUUCUGCACAGAGAAAAAUAAAAUUACUAUAUAUUUGUCCUCCAA